AGCAGUGGAGGUGGUGGUGGUGGUGGUAGUUCACACUCCCAUUCGGUGAAGAAACCUGGACUCGAGUGGAACAAGUUGAUAAAGCGGGCACUGGAAGGGCUCCAUGAGCCCGGUGGCUCCUGCUUAAAGAACAUUGAGCGCUUUCUCAAGUGCCAGGCUGAUGUGGCGGCCUACCUUUCAGGCAGCGGCUCCAUGGGGCCCGGCAUCUUCCACCAGCAGCUGAGGGUGGCCCUGAAGAGGGCAGUGGCCCAUGGACGCGUGGCCAAGCAAGGUCCCAUGUUCCAGCUCAUUAGCCGCAGCAGCAACAACCUGGAUGACGGGACCGGGACGGUGUCUCUGGGAUCACUGCCUCCUGUCCGGUUGUUGCCCCAUGAGAAAGACAAGCCGGUGGCCGAGCCCAUCCCCAUCUGCAGCUUCUGUUUAGGGACCAAGGAGCAGAACCGCGACAAGAGGCCGGAGGAGCUCAUCUCCUGCGCCGACUGUGGCAACAGUGGCCACCCGUCCUGUCUCAAGUUCUCCCCAGAGCUCACAGCGAGAGUCAAGGCUCUGUGGUGGCAGUGCAUCGAAUGCAAGACUUGCAGCAGCUGUCAGGAUCAAGGCAAGAAUGCGGACAACAUGUUGUUCUGCGACUCCUGUGACCGGGGCUUCCACAUGGAGUGCUGCGAUCCUCCCCUCACGCGGAUGCCCAAAGGCAUGUGGAUUUGUCAAAUCUGCCAACCCAGGAAAAAGGGAAAGAGGCUGUUACAUGAAAAGGCAGCACAAAUCAAACGGCGCUACAACGCACCGCUGGGCCGGCCCAAGAACAG